AUGGACCGUGUCUAUAAGUACAAAGCAACCGGACCGGAAGAUGAUACUGCACGGGUACUGCAAGUCUUCCUCGACAAUCUUCCAGAAGACGGGAAGCAGAACCUACAGACUGAUAUAUACGCUUGCCAAUCGGAUGACCAGAUCCGAGCCCAUGCGAAGUGCCUUAUUGAUGGGCUUCUGUACCCGUUGAAGUCGAGAUCCUGUACCCCAAGCAUCGUCACAACACCUGCGCUUUUCUUAAGUGAUUCUCUACAAAUUAAGCCCCCAGCGAUGAUAGAAACGGAGGCCCGACUGCUUCAGGUGAAGAAGGAUUGUUUGAAGCGGGAUGGCUACAGAUGUCUUGUUUCCAGAGUGGCCGAUGAGGGCAUCCCACUUGACCAAGGUGAUGAGGAAACACAUUGGUGUGAAACUAAGUGCGCGCAUAUAGUGCCUUUCUGUUUAAACAUAUGGGACACCGUCGUCGAGCGAAAUGCUAAGGCGGAGAUUUGGGCGAAUCUAAACAGGUGCUUCCCAAUGUUAUGGAACCAGCUCCACUUUACCCAGGACAGCAUCACCGACCACCGCAACGCGCUUACCUUAUUUCCAAUGGUUUAUGACCACUUCAGGGCCUUUAAAUUUGCCUUGGAAAAGACUGAUGUCGAACACAGAUACAAGAUCAUAAAUUACAGACCUCGUGAUAUCGUGGGGACCUAUUUCCCUGGAUCUGGGAUUGUCUCGUUUGAGGCUGCCGACUCCCGAUUCGAACUCCCCAGUCCAGAACUCUUAGAAUUUCACGCUACGAUCGCCCGAAUUCUGCAUGCGAGUGGCAAAGCAAAGCAGGCCGAAAAGAUCCUGAAAGAUCGAAAAAGUACUACGUCCCUAGCUGGGGACGGAAGCACUGAUAUUUGCGCUAUGCUGUCGACGACAUCGCUGGGAGUACUUGGCUCUCGAGCUUCGUGCCAACACAGCACAGAUAAGCCUACGACAUCGACUGGAGAAAAGAACUGA